GGGAGACCAUCUUGACACCUAAGGGGACCCCUAACCUCACCCAAUUGUCAACCAAGGACAAAAGUACCAUCCUCCCUCCUCUCCCACUCAUUGUACUCGUCCAGCACCAAGAAAAGAAGGUCAAGGAGCUCUGAAAACCUCACCUUCCAUAGCCAACUCGAGCUCAAGCUCAAACAAGAAAAAGGGAGAGGUUUGGAGAAGAAGAAAGAUAGAAAAAGUGUGAAGAAUCAAGGAGCUUGACUAAAGUGUUCCUAAGUUUCGCCGGAGUCUCGUCGGAGUUUCGCCGGAGUUCACCGGAGUAUUGCCGGAGCUCAACCUAGAAGGGUAGAGCUUCUUCAAGCAAAUUCGAGUUUCAGGUAGGACUUGAAGGUUGCUACCGGUGCCCGUUGCUCGGGAUAUUCAGAGGAGAAGACGUGGCACCAGACCACCUCCUCCUCCUCCUCCCAGAAGCUCAAAGAAGAAGUCUUCAUCCUUUUUAUUCACUGAUUGGAUGAAGAGUGGUCUGUCAAGGCCAGACAGAGUUCAGUUUGAACAAAUGAGAAAAUUGAUGACCCCUCUUCAAAGAGAGAAUCUGUUCAUGGACAGUGAUGGACUUGUCCAGAUCAACCAUGGUGGUUCGAUCGAAGAAGCUGAGAUGUGGUACGGAAUGAAUAUACUGAAUGGCAAGAAUUCUGCUGAAGCUGUCAGAAACUAUCUGGAUUGCAAACUUGCACCUCAUUGGGCUGACUAUCAGAAUCCUAGGGAUUUAGCCUCAAUCAGAGCGAAGGACUUCCUCAGGAUCACUUUCCUGUUCAUGAGAGUAAAGAGAAGAGAAGUAUUGAACAACAGAUUCACCAAUCUCAGAUUCUGUAAGAGCUAACAGUAGAGCUACCACCUGCCACCGCUCCCUCCAUGGUAAUUGGACUGAACUAUUGAGAGGUCAUUCGCGGAGGUUGAACUGUGAACGGAGACUCCUGGACAUCCGUCUCCAGGUCGUGGGCGGUGUCCUAAGGACGACAUCUGGCCUUCCAUCUUCGAGUCGUGGGCAGCGAUUCU